AUGGGAUCACCCCUCUCACCUGUCAUUGCCAACCUCUACAUGGAACACUUUGAAACCCAAGCUCUAGAAAAAAUGGAUCACAAACCCAAACUCUGGCUCAGAUACGUAGACGACACCUUCAUAAUCUGGCCACAUGGGAAAGAAAAACUGGACAACUUCCUCACACACCUCAACAGCCUACACCCCAAAAUACAGUUCACCAUGGAAACAGAAGCUAACAACCAACUUCCCUUCCUGGAUGUCUUAGUCUACAAGAAAUCCAAUGGCUCCCUAGGACACACCAUCUACCAGAAGAAAACACACACAAACCGCUAUCUGCACGCUCUCUCACACCACCACCCAGCACAGAUCAACUCUGUAGCCAAGACACUCAUCUCCAGAACAAAACGCUUAGCUGACGAACAACACCUAAAACCCGAACUACACACUCUCACCAAUGUACUAACAUCCAAUGGAUUCCAUAGAAAUAAGAUUACAAACCUAAUCCAAAAAGAAACCCCCACUAAAAUCCAAGACAAAGAACAAGAAAACGGCAAAGCCAUCCUCCCAUACAUAAAAGGCAUCACAGACAGAAUCAGUAAGAUCCUCCAUAAACACAACAUCAAAACAGCAUUCUGCACAAACAGAAAAGACCUAGCAGUUGCAGUCCUGAGAGACCAAUUGAAAAAACAGAAAGGGGCCCAACACCGAGACUCUCUGCAGAUUGAAGAUUUGGUGAAACUCAUAGAACUAUGUUUAACAACUUAUUUUACCUUCCAAGGAGUCACGUUUGAGCAAGUGAAAGGCACACCCAUGAGCUCCCCUAUCUCCAGUGUGAUAGCGGAGGUGGUCCUCCAACAGAUAGAGCGCGAGGCUAUGACCCGUUACCAGCCCAAGUUCUGGGCUCGGUAUGUGGACGACACAUUUGUCAUCAUUAAGCGAAGCCACAAAGCUAACUUUAUGGGAAUAUUGAAUUUGGUAUAUCUGGAUAUUAAGUUCACGGUGGAAGAGGAGAACCAGGGCUUGCUGGCCUUCUUAGACGUGCUGGUCCAACGUUUACCAGAUGGAUCUUUAUGCACAAAGGUAUAUCACAAGCCCACCCAUACGGAUCGAAUCCUCCACUAUGGAAGUAAUCAUCCAGUAUCCCAUAAGGACAGAUUGGGAGGAAGCAAGCCACCAGAUUACAAGAACAUGAGUGAGCAGUUAGAUGAGGAGACCUGA